UCUGUCAAAACUCAAAACUAUAGUGCGAGUUAGGCUCGACAGGGUUAAUAUUACUUGUAGCAUUAUGAAAAUGACAUGUUCUUGUAUUAUUGUUCAGUUAACAAAAUCGCCAUAGAUUGGGAAACAAAUUCAAAUGUAUAUUUGUUAAAAGUUUGAAUUUUUUUAUUGCAUUUUAGUAUUGUUCUUUUACGUCACUCUGCUAACAGCUAGGUUAUGUCAAGAAUAUACUUUUUUGAAUAGGUCAAUUUCAAAUUAAUAGCCUAAUACAAUACCAAAUUUAGUAAUCAUUACUAUGAUGUUCACCAACAAGAAUCUACCUACACGAACAUAUGCUAGAUCACUAAAACCCAAGGAAGAGGGACCAGUUUCAUAUCAAGGGGAAAUACCGCCUGAGUAUGAAAAUGCCUGUAGACUUUGUUUGGAAAAUUCAGAUAUUAUGACUGAAAUAUUUACUGACAGGGUUAAUUUGGUAAUCCCCAUCGUUGUUAAGAUUAGAUCAUUAUUGUCAUUAGAGGUAAAUGAGGAUGAUGAAUUGCCAUCAGCUGUCUGUGAACAAUGCUUAAAUAAGCUGAAUGAAGCGUAUAAUUUCAAGAAGCAAUGUUUAGCCAAUGAUGUUAAGCUGCGACAGUUCCUUUGUAAGUGGCCACAGAAAACACAUUAUCGCGCUGCUAUCAUUGACAGGAUUGAAGAUGGAUGUGUGCUGGAUGAGUCUCACUUGACGGACAAGAAGGACUACUGCACUUUCGAGUGGGAUGACCAGGUGCCGCUAGCUGCUGUUAUCACCUCUAAAGAGUUGGCCAACUCAAAUCUCUCUAGAGAGGAUCAGGGAUCCCUUGAUUGCAACAGUGCUAACCAACCAAGAGAGGAUCACAGUUCUAUACCUGAUUCAGAGUCCUUUAGUUUAAGUGUAGAUUAUGAAGCAGGUGAACAGUCUUCAGAGUCUGCAGAAGAUGAUGUUGUUGUUGGUGAUAACAGUAAUAGGAAAGGGCACAAUAACCAAGGAACAAGCAGUAUAUCGAACAAACAGUUACAUGUGACAAGUAUAACAUCGGACAAGCAGUUACAGGAGACAAGUAGUGCAUUGGAUAAGCUGUUACGGGAGACAAGUGAUACAUUGGACAAGCAACAAUUACAAGAAAAAAAUAACUACAUAUUAGCAUCUUCUUCCAAGGCUAAGAACAAAGAAACAGAACAAGUGGAUCACGAUGAUAUCCCUUUGCAGAGAAGACUUGAAAUGGAAAGUGAAACUGAAAAGCCACUGGAACUUCAGACACAAAAUGGCAGUUGUGUGUUCCGAAGAAAUCUAUUACAAAACCAGUGCCCAAGAUGUAGGAUGGUUUUUCCCUGUGUAAUGUUGUUUAGAGAACAUGUGAACGUUUGCGCUCCCAAGUUUAUCUGUAACAAUUGCUCCAAAGUGUUCAGAACCCCCAGUCUGGUGGUUCGACACAUGCGAAUACACACUGGCGAGAGGCCCUACCAAUGUGAGAUCUGCAAAAGUUCUUUUAAUCAGAAGGAGAUAUUGCAAAGGCACAUAGCGCAAAGACAUGCGACAAACAGGCCAUACAAAUGCAAGAUGUGUCCAAAAGCUUAUGCCCUCCCACUUCUAUUGUCAGCCCAUAUCAGAGCAUCUCAUUAUGUUCAAAACUUCAAGUGUAAUCUCUGCCCCAAGAAAUUCCGUCAUGCGUCAGGUCUCUCCAGACACCAGCAUCUCCACAACGGGACCAUCUACAUCUGUAAGAUGUGCAGCAAACGCUUCUCCGAUGCAUCAUCCAUCAGGCGACACAUCAAAGUGCACAACAUCAUGGACAAUAACAGUGACAGUGAGAGCGAAUCUGUGGAGGGUGAUGCGUGAACAUGGUAGUGUCAGGCAAGUUUCUCGACACGUAAUGUGCGAAAAUAAAUGUUCCUCUUGAAUGAUUGUGUUUCACAGUAAACGUUUAAAUACGCUAGUGUAAUUUAUUAAUAUUAGGUAAGAGGUUUUUACUAUUAUAUACAAAUGAUAUAAACAAAUUCUGAAGGAGAAAACUUGCAAAAAUAUUAAACUAGUUUGUCACAAGUAUUAGAUACAGCCUAAUAUCUUUGAGUAAUUGUUUCUUCGUAGCGUAAUUUUGGUUUUGAACAAAUUUAUUUUACUACUCUCUGAAUGUAAUGUGUGUUUCAUGGGGGAAGAUAGCAUUACAAGAGCAUGAAUGUACUUACUAUCUAUAAAUAGCUAUAAAAGUUACAAAAAUAUGAUAAAUAAACAAAAUUCUAAGAGCAAUACGUCAAAGGCAGAAAAAGUGCAACUGAAUGUCAGUGGCUAUUGGAUCCUAAAUUAAACUGGAAUCUAAAUGAAAACCUCUGACUGGUCUGAACACUGAUGGAGUGGAGGUUUUUAUUCAAAGUGAUAACAAAAAUUAUGUUAAUUUGAAAUAAUUGGUAUCAAACACACAAUGGUAAAUUGUGCUUCCAUAAAACAUUCAGAUGAGUUUUGAAAUAUUUUUUAGUGUUAAAUAUAUUCAUAAAAUAAUAUGUUAUAAAUAAUAAUUUUUAAAUAUUAUGUGUAUAUGAUGAAACAUAAUAUUUAAAAAUUAUAUAUAUAUAUAUAUAUAUAUAUAUAUAUAUAAUUAUAUGUAAUAUAAACAAUAAUAUUGUUAUAAUUUAAUAAAACUAGCUAAUCUGCAAACAUUUUUCCCAGUAAUUGGGAAACAACAUUUAGUAAAUGCAACUUACUGAAUACAUUAUACCAACACAGCAUACAUACGUUUUGUACAUUUGACUGAAUCUGCCUGUACAUGUUUAAACAAUUCAGCAGAAGAGAAGAAUGGACAUUUUCAGUUGUUUUUCUGCCUUGACUUUUGUUUACAAAAUUCUUCUGUGUUAUAAAAAGUUGUGAGUUGUACAAAAAAAUUACAAAGUACAUUUUCAAAUUUUUCUAUUUUAUGAAUUAUUAGUUAAUGAUAAACAAGUUAUUGAUUUUCAAAAGCUAUCCACUUAAAAUAAUUGAAAUAAAAAUAUACAUAAUAAUGUCUAGGCUUAUACUGUUCUACAAGUGUUUACUUUAACUUACAUUCUAAAUAUGUAUUUUAUCUGAUUCAUGGUUGAUUCAAUUAUUUUCUUUCAACUAAAUAACCUCCCCCAUAAACUCGUAAUAUUAUACAUGUGCUAGUUUUAUAUGUUCUAGAUUUAUAAUUAUCACAAAAUGGUUCAAAAAUAUGUUAAGAAAAAAUAUUUUGUGUAUAUUGAUAACUGUAGUAACUUUGAGAGCGGAGUGUCUAGGUACAAUGAAGAAUAUCCUAAAAGAAAAUGUCAAAUCUAAACAAUUGAAGUAUAAUUGAGUAAUUUCAAUAGUGAGAAAAUUUCAACAAAAAAUCAUUAGUAUUCAUACAUUUUUUCUCUACUGAAUUUUAAUAUUUAACUAUUUAGUCUCCAUUAGUAAAUGGUUAUCUCAUCAUUGAGUGCAUUGCACCUCCAUGUAGAAGAUUAUUUUUUUAAUGAUCUUAACUAACCUACUUUUAGGCCUUAGAUAUUUGAAACUUGAAACCUCACCCUGUGUGAAACAUACCAUUGUGAGAUUAUCACAAUCAAAGUCUAAAAGUUCUGAAGGAGAGCUUUUAAACUUAAUUACUUUAAAAAAUAUAUUUUUGAAAUUUUUGUAACGAAUUAACAUACACAAGGAAUAAAUAAACUGAAGUGUGCAAAGUAACAGGCACUAAAGUAAUAACUCAACAAAUGUGAGUAAAGUCAAUGUGGAGAACGUUAGUGUCUGUUACCUUGUCUAACAAUGUUUAUUUCUUAGAACAAUAUAUAUAUAUAUAUAU